GUCCACUGCGACAGGCCUAACCCAAUGCACGCGAUCUGCGCAUGCGCACGGCGUGCUGUCAAUAAGGGAGUUUACUUUCGAAAGGGAGUGGAGCUGAAACUGCUACCGAAAAUCUUUUCCCCGGAACAAAAUACAAUUAAUUGCUUCCUGUAAUGGCGACACAGUGUGUGACCAAAGUGGAGCUUACAGUCUCCUGUGAAAACCUUUUGGACAUGGAUGUUGGCUCCAAGUCUGACCCGCUUUGUGUCCUGUAUAUGAAUGCAUCUGGAAAUCAAUGGUUUGAGGUGGGCCGCACAGAAAAAAUUCAGAAUUGCUUGAAUCCCAGAUUUGCCAAGAAGUUUCUCAUCGAUUAUCACUUCGAAAUUGUACAGAAACUUAGAUUUGGCAUUUAUGAUAUAGACAACAAAACCGUUGAUCUGAGUGAUGAUGACUUCCUUGGAGAAUUGGAGUGUUCCUUGGGUCAGAUUGUUUCCAGUGAGAAGCUGACCAGACCUCUGAUCUUAAAGAACAAGAAACCAGCAGGAAAAGGAACCAUUACAAUCACUGCAGAGGAAAUUAAGGACAAUAGGGUGGUGAAUUUUGAAGUUGAGGCCAGGAAGCUGGAUAAAAUGGAUUUCUUUGGAAAGUCAGACCCCUACCUGGAAUUCUACAGGCAAAUGGACUCAGGGUGGCAGCUUGCCCACCGAACAGAGGUGGUAAAGAACAACCUAAACCCCUGUUGGAGACCUUUUAAAAUCCCUCUGCAGUCUCUUUGUGGAGGAGAUAUGGAGAAACCUAUCAAGGUGGAAUGUUACGACUAUGACAAUGACGGAUCACAUGACCUUAUUGGGAUUUUUGAGACCAAUUUAAAACGCCUACAGGAGGCUACACGCCCUUCUCCGGCAGAGUUUGACUGUAUAAACUUGAAGAAAAAGCAGAAGAAAAAGAACUAUAAGAACUCUGGUGUUGUGAGCGUGAAACUCUGCCAGGUUGUGAAAGAGUACACGUUUUUGGAUUACGUCAUGGGUGGCUGCCAGUUAAAUUUCACUGUUGGAGUGGACUUCACAGGGUCAAAUGGUGAUCCGAAGUCUCCUAACUCUUUGCACUACAUCAGUCCUAGUGGUGUUAAUGAGUAUCUUUCUGCUAUCUGGUCUGUUGGACUGGUGAUUCAAGAUUAUGACAGUGACAAAUUAUUCCCAGCUUUUGGAUUUGGGGCACAGAUUCCCCCAAACUGGCAGGUGUCUCAUGAGUUUCCACUUAACUUCAAUCCAUCUAAUCCAUUUUGUGCUGGAGUAGAGGGCAUGGUAGACGCAUACAGGAAGUGCCUGCCACAGGUCAAACUUUAUGGGCCUACAAAUUUUGCUCCCAUCAUCAGACACGUGAGCAACUUUGCCCAACAGGCACAACAGCAGAAUACAGCCAGUCAAUAUUUUAUCCUGCUCAUUAUUACGGACGGCGUGAUCACAGACAUGGACCACACCCGAGCUGCCAUUGUAGCUGCUUCCCGUUUACCCAUGUCCAUCAUAAUUGUGGGUGUGGGUGGGGCUGACUUCACUGACAUGGAAAUCCUGGAUGGGGAUGAUGGACGUCUGAAAUCUCCCACAGGAGAGCCAGCCAUGAGGGACAUUGUGCAGUUUGUUCCCUACAGACAGUUCCAGAAUGCUCCUAAAGAGGCAUUGGCACAGAGUGUACUGGCAGAGGUUCCUGGCCAGGUUGUCAAUUUCUUCAACAUGGUGAAGCUCAGCCCGCUUAAAUCAAGAACCCCUGUGGCCGAUGCUGAUGGGCAAAAGCUAAACGCCUAAUGCUGCUUCAGAGAACACCAGCUCUAGCCCAUGCUUCAUUCCUGUACAGCAUGCCAGACCCUUGCCAACUUCCUCACUUCAUACAAGCAUGUAAACAGAUAUACAAGAUGUCAUAUGUCAUAAUAGUAGUUCAAAUUGCUCUGUGAUUUAUAAAGCAUGGACUCCACAAUACAUGAAGAUUUCUGCUCCAGCACUAAUCUGAAAGACUUCUCUAAACGCUGAAGCAUUUUAUUCCUUUUGGCUGUAGAAAGCUUUUGUUACUGGUGCAGAAAAAAGAUUUUAAGAUUUUAAGUCUGCACAGUUUUCCAUUUAUACCAGUUAACAUCUCACCACUACACACACCUGGUAACAAUAGUCAAGUGUGCUUUGAGUCAGGUACAUACACACAAGAUCUGUUUAUUAAAACAAGAUAUGUUUUGACAACAAUCAAAUAAGCUCAUACUCUGAAGUGCUCUUUAGGUAUACAGACACAGUCGUAUCAUGAAACUCCUCAUUUAAAGCUAUGUUCAAAUCACCAUAUUUAAUCUGUCCCAAGUGCUAUUUUUUCCUAAAUAAGACACAGCUGUGUGAACCCCAAAUACUUUUCUAUCUGGUUAUUUUUCUGAUUUCUUCUACAAAGCUAAGGCAUGGCAAGGGAUGGAAUAGUUUAUGCUGUUAAUGUGUACAUAGCCCAAGUGCAUGUUUACACACAUUUAUUCAAAUGUGAGCAUGUACUGUUUUUUUUAAUGUUUUUUUGGUUAAUUUUAUGUUUGUUUUAUGUUUAAAAAUUGUAAUUUUAUGUUCAAUAAGUUUUUCAAGCAGGAUAUAUAUUUACAUGUUGGUAUAUAAGUUACUUUAAUAUUUAGAGGAAAUGAUCAUUUUUGUCACAGUUUACACCGUUCCAUUGAGCAGUUAUGCUAUUAAGUGCUAUAAUAAUACUGAUAUUUUUAUUUUCUAUAGCAUCUGAAAGGGUAUAGAGUGGUGAGGCAGGUAGUGUUGCUACCUCACACAACUGGUUACCACCUCACACCAGGGUUUGAUCCUGAACUUGGGUUAUUAUCUGUGUGGAGAUAUUUUUGUGUCUGUGGGUUUUCUCCGUCAACCACCAGGAAUAUGCCACUAGGUCAGUUGGAUGUGUUAAUUGCCUCUAGUUGUGAAUGAGUGUGUGUAUGAGUGUGUGUCUGGCUUGAAAACGUGUACCCAUGGUCAGUUACAGUAUGUUUGUAUAUACUGCAGUGUCUUGCCAAACUUCCAGAUGGGUCUUGUUUGUCUAGCUUUUUUUUUUUGAUUUAGAAUUUAUUUUAUAAGCCAUAUAAUUACUUUAACCAAUAUUACAGUAUUAAGGAUCUGAUUCUAGUUUUCUCAAAGCCUUAUUUGAAUUUACAGAUAUAUUUACAUAUUUUUAUGCAUUUAUAACAAAAAUUGCUUCCCAAUUCAGUUGGGCUUUAGAUUGAAGAGUUUGUGCACAUUUUUAUUUUUGUGUUGAAUGUUUUUAAAAUGUGCAGUUUGGAAUAAAGAAAUGUCCAAACACUUAUUAAACUGAUUAUUAACUUUUAUGCUGCAAUUUCUCAGAAUGGGCAACACUGUGGAAGGUGUUUUACAUAGAUGUGUGACGUUAUAUGUAAUGUUGUUAUACUGUAUAUUGCACUUAUGUACUCAUUGUUGAUUGUACUCAUUGUGGUGGAACAGUUUUCAGUUCAGUGUAACAUGUCCCUAUUUUAAUCAACUGACUAUUGUUAUUUGGUUAUUAGCUACAACAAAUGAUAACCACAUAUCAUAUUGAUCUGGGCUCAAUACUCAAAUAUCAACACAUUUUUUUUGCAUAUUGUCAUUUAUUUUGUUUGUUCCUAGUUGCAGGUAAUUUGAUUAAUGCUUGAAUCAGUCUUCUGUCUCAAAUUCCAUACAUAAAUUGUUAAAUCCA